AUGCAUGUGCAGAUCAGAGUGAUUGGACAGUGUUUUGUAGAUAUACAACUUGAUCGAGCCCAUAGUACUGCGAAUGAUACUACAGCAGCAACUACCACCAUCAAGCUUAUAAGAUCCAAAGAAUGUCCAACAGUCCCGCAAGAACUGCUGAUAUCCGGAUCUACUCUUAUAUGCCGUAGUGGAGGUGUGAUUCGCAAGACCAUAUCUCUUGUAGAUAGUCCUAUAAUUGAUGCUUUAUAUGCCAGCUUCCAGAUACAGCCGGAUCAAAGUAGUGGAUCCAGUCCAUCUUUAAGCAGAAAUUCAAGACUGUCCAAGCUGGACAACAUCAGCUUGAAGGCAGCAGCAGUAAAAUCAUCUAUUACAGAUGCAAACAAUGCAUGCACUUCCAAGCUGAAGGAAGCAUUGCUGGUUGUGUCUGCAGGAACUCUAUGGUUUUAUUUUCAUGGACAACAAAACAUUCAAGUUAGUCUGCCAUUUCCUGUGCGUCGAAUCUGGCCGCUUGCAUCUGGUGGAAUACUUUUGGAGCGACGCAUGCUGUCAUACUGUCCAAGGACACUUGAUGGUUCUACACUUUUUUAUAUAAUACGACAUCCACUAGAUUUGAUUCAACCAGUGUCAGUUGUUGGAAUGCCAUCUGAUUCUCCUGAUUCUAACGUGGCUGCAAGUGUGUCGCAUAGACCAUUGCAUGCUUUCAACCCAGCUAAUAAAGCCGAUCUUGGGGUUGCUGCCAUUGAUACUGCUCUAAACAGUAUGGCAAAUGAUUCUCCACAAUACAUAGUAGUCUAUGUUUCGGAUGACUUUGGUACUGGUCUGCCUGACGUUGUUGUUCUAUACCAUGCGUCGUCUUUAUCAAUUCAUGUAUUUGCUUUGAAAUCUAGUCAGUUCCAGAUGUCUACUGAUUUUUCAAGUCCACUCGAUAAAACAGACCAGUCACGCUCUACACCAACCACUAAUAUUCCGUCGUCUGCACAGUCGGAUUUCGUACCAUCAUUAUCAAUUCAAGAUCAUCAUUUAUUUGCAUCAUCGGAUAUACUGGAGCCAAUCUGGAAAGCUAAGCUUCCUUUUGAUGGAGUUCCAGAUUCGUGUUUUGUUGCCCAUGGAAGCAAAAAUGAACGAGUGCUGUGGGUAUUCAACAAGUCUGCUGAAGUAGCAAUUGUGUUUGAAUUGGAUACUAUCAAUCCACAUAGCUUUGGAACUUUUUCGGCUAAAAACGCAGUUCCAGUCAAAUGUACGAGGCGAUUGUAUACAGAUGCACUUUUAACUACAGAGGGUCACAAUGUUUUGAUUUGGUUUGGCACACAAAAGCUGAUUUCAUGCUCACUUCCGGAUAACUUUAAAGAUCAAAUCGAGGAAUCGGGAUCAAAAAAUAAGCGUCAACGAAGUAGAAAGAAUCAGUCAUACCAUUCACACACAACACUGAUUAAACACUCUCCUUCAAAAUCUCGUCGAGAAUCUUCACAUCAGCCGUUUGCUAGCAGCCAUAUGUUUGAUAUCACACAUUGGUUUGAUAGUACCAUAAUCAUGCGACUGUCUAACGGAGAAUAUAUUUGCACUGAUUUCUCAUUCUACACACAAUCUACCCUAGUAUCGUCAGCAUUUCAAGCCAUCAAGUCGGUAGUAUCUGCCGAUCAAUUUGCUCAGCUUUUUUCUAGAUUCAUCACUUAUUGCAACUCUAAUCGCGCCUUACAUCCGUUUGAAUACUCGUUAAAACGCUCUUCUUAUCAACAAGUUUCAGAUAUCAACACUCCUUUGAAAUUGAUGGCUUCGAAUAUAGAUGCAUUGGAAUUUGAGUUUUUUAUGAUCACAUUGCUGUCUUUUUUCCAUAAAUUCGAAUCUUCUAUGCCCAGCUACUAUUCUACAGGUGUCGAAGAACACAUGAAAUCCACGUUAAAUUCAAAUGCUGAGCACGAAGACUGGGAAUGGUUUUGCAAGCAAUGCGAUACAUCAAAAACGCAUCGGUCUCUUCCAGCUCUUGUCAAUGAAGAGUUUCAUCGUGGAGAUUCAACUACUUUUCAGUUAAACGACUCAUUUAAUCUAUACAGAGUAUUUAGCGAAUCAUGGAGUCUUUAUUCGCUGUUUAAAAUGGAGUCAAGUUUAUGUAAAGAUAUAGGAAAUAUUGUAAUGGUACUUCAUGCAGUCUACGAAGACCAUAAAUUGAGUCCUGCAUUUGCAUCACAUGCUCGAAAUCUUGGCUGCUUUUUGUGUAGUAUUAGCGGAGCAUUUGGAUGGCAUUCAUAUAUUGAUUAUUAUUUUCGAGAUGGAAUCGUCACACCACCGCUUCCUAUUCAAGUAGCUUCAUCUGACACAGCCAAAGAUGCCUGCAUACCUCCACUACUGCGCAUCAUGAGCGAUUUAAAAUUUUCCUUGACGGAUUUAGAUGAGCUUCCCGUGGGUAUUAGUCUACCGCUUCGUGAGGCGCUUCAUGAAUAUCGCACAACGCUAUUGUGUGACAAUCUAAAUUUCCACCAACUUAAGCUUUUAGGAAGGGACGAUAUUGCUACACAGCGAUUUCAUAAUCUUUUGCCAAAAAACAAAUCCUUGAUGAAAUUUCGCUGUGAGGAGCCAACUCUAAUGGCCACUUUGGUUGAAGAUAUUCACCAGACUGUUGCUGAUGGUCGAGAUCCAUCAAUUCCAUUGUACCGUGCAACAGACACCGAUUGUGAUACAGUAAUGAAGUUGCGAUUUGGUAGCAAACAAGGCUUGGUAACAGCAAUGAAACUCCUGCAUCCAAGUGGAUCACACGAAAUCACGCUUGCUGUGGCUUCAGAUGCUAGUGAGGAAAACGUACUGGCUCAACAACAAGCCCAUCUAUUCAGUAUUGCUUCCCGAGAGUGGCCUGUUGCUAUUGGAAGGGGCAUGCUUCUUGCAUACUCUCGUCACAUUAUGCCUACCGAGUUUUUAGAUAUUCCAAGUGUGUCUAUUUCUGCUAGAUUCUUUCCGAUGCAAGUAGAUAUUACAUUAGAUCUUCAGCCCUCAAAUCAGUCCAUUCCCAAUGCACGCGAAUGGGCCGAGUUUCACGCAGGAGUGGCUUCGGGUAUGCAAGUAUCUGGUGAUUCCGCAUUUGUUGAUAGUUCAUGGUUAGUGUUUAACCAACACUUGACAACUGGUCCAUUGGGAAUUGAUGCCAAGCAUGGUGGACUGGUGGUUGGGUUUGGGCUUAAUGCACACCUUGAAAAGCUCAGCUACGUUGUCAUUUUAAACCAUUACCUUAAAAAACAGCAUACAAUGGGCACGGCGGGUAUGCUAUUUGGUCUUGCAGUUUCCUAUAUUGGAUCCCAAAACACUCAGUUCACUUCGGUAUUAUCUACUCACAUCCCCGACUUUCAUCCUCAGAAUGCCACAGAUCUUAAAACAGCUCCUAUGGUAACUUCAGUUUGUAUGCUGGGUUAUGGAUUGGUUUACAUGGGCUCGAGCUCGCGUGAAUGCAUUGAUGAGAUUUUUUGUGGACUUUAUAAGCAACAGCUAAGUCAGCUCGAUGAGCAGAAUUCACAAAGAGAAUGUUAUGCAAUUUCAUGCGGGUUUGCGCUUGGAUUUGUACUUCUUAAGCAUAAUGAAUCUGAUGCUGGCAUGAAAUCUGGCCCGAGAAAUGUUCCAAUAGUCGACCAUGAUCCUUUAUCAGAUCAACUUUUUAGCUUGAUUAAUGGAAAAGGAACCGAGCUAACUUUGGCACCUGGCCUUAUUGCACUUGGACUAGCAUAUUUGAAAAGCAACAAUAUAGCCUUGUCUAACCGCAUUGAACUACCAUCGUCGGUGUAUAUGCUCGACUUUUUUAGACCAGAUACACUGCAAUUACGUGUUAUUGCACGCAGUUUGAUUAUGUGGGAUUCCAUUGAUCCGUCGUUAGCGUGGAUGCAUUCACUUGUUCCAGAUUUCAUUCUUGAAAGAAUGGCUAAACUGUCUGGGAUCUUGCCAUCAGCACAGGGUCAAGACAGUGUAUAUAUUUCAGUUGAUAUGAAUUCAAGUUCUGGAGAAUGGUGCAUAUAUGUAAUUCAGGCAUAUUUAUAUAUUAUGGCUGGCUCGUGCCUGUGUUUGGCACUUAAAUUUGCUGGAUCGUGGGAUAAACGAGCGUAUACAGCCACUGAGCCUUUUAUGCAAAAAUGUCUUCAAUUAAUAUCGGGUGCUCGAGGAAACAUAAGCAGUCAUGACAAUUUUAUGAUACGCCUGGCAGCACAAUCCGCUUUAAAUGUAGUUUGCACAUCGAUGGGUGCUAUUAUGGCUGGAAGUGGAGAUGAAAAUCUUGUAAAGUAUUUUAAACAAUUUUCAGAACGAACACAAUCUGAAAACGCAUACGGGCAGCAUAUGGCAAUAGGCAUGGCUACCGGGUUUUUGUUUCUUGGAAAGGGAAAGCUUACACUCGGGACAUCAAAUGUAGCAAUUGCUGGUUUGCUCUGCAGUCUAUAUCCUACUUAUCCAUCUACUGUUGAUGACAAUAGAUCUCAUAAUCAAGCCUUUCGGCACUUGUGGACUCUUGCAAUUGAAAAGCGAUGUCUAGUUGUGCGUGACGUUGACACGCGCGAACCUAUUUCAGUUCAAGUUAAUGUUUCUGUUGCCUCGUCUACUGAUUCUACAAAAACAAGCGUUUUUCAAAUGCAAUCUCCUUGCAUACUCCCCUAUUUGGCACAAGUCAAGUCGAUUGCUGUGAAUUCUCCUCGGUACUGGCCAGUGACAGUUGAUUUUCAAAGUUUAUCUGAAACGGAAAAACAGACAUUAUUGAAUGGACUAUGGGUGAAAAGAAAAACCGGUCACUUGCCUUAUUCAAUGGAUCCGCAUGGGCACAAUAGCAUUUUAAUGUGGACUGUACCACGACUUGGUGAUUUUUUAAGUGAUACCGAUAUACAGCAGAUACAAACCGUUUGGGAAUCGCUUCCACAAUCCUUUUCAGCUGACCCCCAGGUGUUUUCAUUUGUUCAGCAUUUUUGUGAUAUCCAAGCAGACGAGCCAAGUGAGUUUCAAAAGGCCGAAUUUUUCAUGCACAUUCUUCAUGAAUGCUUGACUCUUGACAAACCAGAGUUGAUUCAGACAUACAUGUGGCUCAAUGAAACCAUCAAUGGAGUUGAGCAAAAAACCUCUUCACCAGAAUCUAUCUGGAGUUUGGUUCUAGUUGCUGCUCAUUAUUCUGCUCGCUACCAGCGCGUUUUAGAUCUAUUUUCUGAUCCAAACAAUAGACAAACAUGCUUUGACAGUAUUAACGGAAAGAAUUUUGAAUGGACUGAUGUCGUCGAGGCAGUAAAGCAAGUCCAGUCUCGCAAUUUGAUUAAACAGUCAUUUGUGGAUGCCAUUUCCAAAAGAAUUGACACGUUUUUAAACUCAUCUGCAGUAGAUACACUCGGUCAAAGUGGUUUCUGUGCCAGCAUGACGUUUUAUUUAAAAAAGGCCUUGGAACCAAUGCCUGUUGGAACAAACGGUUAUGCAACCAAUGCCAUUUCUCCAAUGUUUGGUUCCUAUCUGAUAGCCAAAGGUAUUCCUAGUCUAGCCAAGCUUCGUCAGUUACAAAAUCAGCUAUCGCAAUUUUCUAAACAACAUCCCACGACUAUUUCUGUCAAUGAAUUGAUUUUAUUUGGUCAUAUGAUUGAUCCGGAUUGCCCAGAUGUUGUUUUGCAGUGCAUGCAUGCGUUACUAAAAUAA